AUAUUAUGGGUCAAAUUGAUAAAUUCAGGAGAUUUUAUGAAGAAGAUUUAGUAACAUUAGAAGAAAAGGGAGAACUAAAGGCUACUAUAAUUGAUGACUAUAUAGAAAGAUUUUCUGCAAAUAUCAUGUCAGCAAUUCCAAUACUAAAAUCAUCGCAAUUGGUUGAAUCUGCUGAAUUAUAUUUCAAGGAUGUUUUAUCAGUUUUUUCACCAACAAAUAACAACAAUGAAUUCUUAUCUUGGAUUAUCAGACAUAAUAUGAGACAACGAAUACCAAAUCCCUUUAGACUUCAUAUAUAUUGGUGGAGUAAUUCCGAAAUUACGUUAAAUGAAUUGCAACUGUCAAGAUUAUGUCCUACGGUAAUUGAAACGAUGCUUAAAUUGGAAUUUGAUCAAAGCAAGGAGUUGAACUUUGAUCAAUAUUUAUUAGAACAAAUUUCAAAACUGAUGAUAGAAAAGCUUUUUACGAUUGAUAUAAAUGACAUAAAUGACCGUAUAAAAAAUCAACUUUUGAUAUGGCAACAUGAUACGGCAUAUAUUUUAUCCUUGUCAAGCAAAUUACCUAAUUCUUUUGAUAACCUAGCUGCUCAUAAGUUACAAAUAUACAAUGAUCUUUCAAAAUCUCUGGAAUUGCAAAAACUUAUUGAAAUUCGAAAUGUUGAAAAAAAUAAAGAUGGUGAUGAAAACGAUGAAGGAAUAUUUUCGGAACAAUUUGUAAAUAUAGUAUUUGAAAAGUUGUAUGAAUUACAACCAACAGAAGAUAAUUUAUCAUUACGAUCAUUUACAAUUAAGUGUUUAAAUACGCUAUCACUUGAAUCACCCAUUCAAUAUAAUAAAGAUAAUGAGAUUUUCUUUAGCAUGAUUAAUGAUCCUCUUAAAAUUUUAGAAAAAUCUGAACGUUUACAGGUUAUAGAAGACAUUUUAAGUAAAAAGCAUCCCGAUUCAGAAAUUUCUGCUUUGUGCUGUGAUGUAAUUCAGACACAAUUCUUCACAUCACCAAACUUCACAUUGCAAGAUUUUCAAGAACUAUCAAAAUACUUCCCGAUAGCAACUGAAGUUCUAGUUACUGCAGAUAUCAAAAUAUUACAGAGAAUAUCUGCGAUUGCACUUCUGAAAGCCUUUGCAAAUAAUUUGUGGAAUUUUUCAUCAAUUCAAAAAUCUUUAACAGACCCUAUAGAAUUUGAAUUUGGCGAUGAAGAAUUUAGCAUUAAUUAUUUGAAUCAACAUUUAGAAUUACAGAUGCCCUUAAUUAAAUCUCUAAUGCACUAUUUGCUUAAGUCUUUACGAUUAAAAGGGUUUUCUAUCAAUGAUAUCAAACAAUUUUGUGAAGCGCAACAACAAAUUAUGCCAUGGCUUAGUAGGCUAGUAUGGGAUGAUAAUGAUAAUCGACUAGGUUAUAAUCCAUACUGGUAUAUUGAACAAUAUAAACAAGCCGAAUUUGCGGUCUCAAAAAUUUCAAGUUGUGGUGAUUGUAAAUAUUUAAAUACAUUAUUAGAAGAUAUUUUAGAUCCAACAACAGAAAAUUCAAUAAAUCUUCGAAUUUCAUUUGCAGGAAUAAUUAUAAUGAGACUUUAUAUAAUUCGAGCAACGCGUGAAUGGAAUCAAUCUGAAACGAUGUUAGCACAAAUGAUUAAAAUUUGUUUCGAUAAAUCUCAGCUUCCUCAAUUCUAUAAACAACCGUUGUUGGGAUUUUUAUCAAACAACCAUUCAAUUUGUAAACUUGCUGCUAAUGAUGACAAUAAGAACAUAUUUAUGUCUUCAGUAAUCGCUCAUAUAAUUGCAUUACAUAUUUCUAUUCCUCAAAAUUUUUCUCCAUUGGCUACAUAUAUGCAAGCAUUACAAACUUGUCAUGAUGAUUUUAUUUUGGCAUGUCCUUCUGACGAGCUAACUGUUAUAACGAAUGCAAUAGUUCAUGAUAAUGUAACAUGGAAUAAUAGAAUAAGCGAAACAAGAUAUCAAUGUAAAUGUGGAGAUAUAUACUUUGUUUCAGGCUGUGGAACUGUAACAUAUACUGCUCGAUGUACAACGUGCAAAGGAGAAAUCGGAAGCAGAAAAGAUAAUCAAUUAGUUGAAGGAAUUACUCGUUUAGACAGUGUGCCAUUAACGCAGCAAAUAGAUGCAAAAGAUCUGCGAGGUUACAUUGUAGAAGGGAAGCAACCGGAAAAUUUCUACAGUAUUAGGUCAAUGACUCCAACAUCAUAUAGAAUUAUUCAUCUUUUUGUACAUGCUAUUAUUGGAAUACAGGCCCCAUCCGAAGUUGAAGAUAUGGCACCAUUCUGUGCAAUGCACAUUAAUAAUGAUUGGGAUGCGUUGAAAAACAUACUAGCUUGUGAAGAUGAACAAUUAGCUUUAGUUUUACAUGCGAUUCUUUCUGAAAUGACACACCAGCCAUUAAAACAACCUGCAAGAUUAAACACGCCUAUUGAAAGAGAAACUUGGGAAAAUCAAUUUAGUCAAAAAUAUAUAUUGCCACUAACAAAAAAUACAAUGGGAACUGCAACAGAUUUUAAUAUGCAAUUAGAAACAAAUAUGACAAAUGCUCAACAAAAUUCUGAAACUGAAGUCAAAGAAGUAAUGAAAUUAAACGAUCAAUACAGGGAAAAUUGCUUGCCUCGAUUAUGGCGCCUUGUUGGUAAUGCAAAUAUCAAUAAUUUCCGAGCAUAUUAUAUGAACAAUGCAGAAUAUAUAGAAGCCUAUCCAUUUCUAGAUAUUUUUCUAAAACAUGAAAACAAUUUACAUCUAAUAAGUCAUCUCCUUCCAAUUGUGAAAUUUGUUCAAAUUUUAUCUACAAGCCUUUCAUAUCGUAUUGAAAGACAAGAAGCAAGAACAAUGACUUUCCGACAAUUCAUUCUUAAAGAAAGCGAUAGCGAUGGUACUGGUGAAACACGAAAAACAUUAGAUAAGGCAUUCAUUGACUUUGCAGAUUCAUGGAAUGACUUGAUUCCAUAUGUCAAUAGAUAUCAAUGCCAUCCCUUACCACAAGCAAUGCCAAAAAUGCAUGACAAUAUUCCUGUUGUUUUUGGAUUAUUGGAACCAGUUAACGAAAGUUUAUUUUUGUGUGCAGCUAUAGAUUUCUUGGUUCAGCUUCAAAAUGUUUUCCUUAACGAAGUUAUUGAAAUUCCUUCAAAAACGUGUCAAUCCUUAAAAUUUUUAGAAAAAACAGCCAUUCAAAAUGACGACGAUAUGCACAUUCAAUCUACGUAUCAUUUAGAGUCAAUUACUCUCGAUAACGCAAGAUCGGAAAAUAUUAUCUCUUAUGAUAAUAGAAAUUCCGGUAUCUUCAGAUUUAGUCAAUUUGAUCUGAGAAUUGGUCAUGGUCGUGAAAUCCAGUAUGAUUUACGUAAGAUCGAAGCUGAAUUAGCACUUGAGCUAGUUCAUGAAAAAACAUUGAUUAAACCUGAUGAAAAAGAAUUGUAUUUAGAACCUUUCGUGUAUCAUAAGGAAAUGUUUUCUGGAUCUAUGACAAUUUUAAGUGAAAUUAAAACAUUAAUACCUCAAGAGCGUAUUCCUGAAGAUAAGAAAGCAAUAUUUGUAGGAACCUAUUCUAAUUAUGGAAAUUAUGGUGAAGGAGGAUCUUCUGCAUUAGAAAAUCCAAAAGAAUUGCUUUCAGCCUUGGAAAUAAUUCUUUGUUUUUUAAAACGUACGUCUGGAAGCGAUUGUGACACAUUGAUCACGGAAUACAUUGAAAGUUGGAUGAAAUUAGCCGUAUUGAAAGAAAACAAUAGUAGUUAUAAAUUAUUGGUAAAAGCUGGUCUACAACUUAAACAUAUAGUAGCGUUAUAUGAGUUAGUAGAAGAGCACGUAGCUGAUGUAGUUGCCACCUGUAUUCCUCAAAAAUAUCAAGAAAAACUUGGUUAUUCAUUGCAACAAGAUAUUUUAAAUGCAGUUGAUUUUGAAUCAUUAGAACAAGGAGAGCAAAACCAAAAUGCCAAGUCAAGUAAAAAUUUACGCAUUCCGGCUAAAGCAUUUGCUACGGCAUUGAAAAGGUUUAUAAUAAGAUAUUUGACUACCAAUGAGAGCAUUAUCGAAACAGAAGAUUUGAUGUACUAUUUGGUGGAAGAUGAAAGCCUUGAAUGUUGGCCUGACUGGAAAUCACAGAUGGAGAAACAAGAACAAGUCAAAGAAAAUAAGCCUAGUUAUAAAAAAUCUGCAAUUCGUAGCAAAAAAGGCAAAAAUCAAUAUGAUAGAAGCUAA